CGUGGAAUUUUUUGGAUAUAUUUAUUAUGGUCAUUAGCAUUGGACUUUCGACGCAAUUCAGAUUAUUCAAUUCCGAACUGAGACAAACAGUGGGACAGCAUAUGUCUACGGAGUAUUGGGUGUAUAGACGAGAGCAAUAUAGGCGGUUACGAUACUUGGUUAAUAUCGUCGACAGGAGAAUAUCCCAUAUUAUAUUUGUUUCAUUCUCGAACAACAUUUUCACUAUCUGCCAGCAAUUAUUUUCAAGUUUGAGGUCACGCGCAACAGUUUAUCGCCUAAUUUACUUCUGGUACUCAUUACUUUUCCUCUUGAUGCGGGCAUUCUUGGUGUCAUUUACUGCGGCUGGUAUCAACGAUGAAUCGACAAAGCCCAUCAGGAUUUUACGAUCAGUGUCCUCCUAUUCGUGGAAUACAGAGACGAAACGUUUUCUUGAUGAAGUUAAAUGUGGUACAGUCGCAUUAUCUGGAAUGAAGUUUUUCUACUUGACUCGAAAGAUGAUCUUGAGUGUUGCAUCGACAAUCGUUACGUAUGAGCUGGUUAUGAUGCAGUUCCACAUUGGACUAUCUACAAUGUUCAAAUUGUAUAAUGAAGAUUUGAAGCGAACGAAUGGAGAAAAUAAGUCACGGGAAUACUGGAUAUACCGUCGUUCGCAGUAUGGCAAACUACGUGAUUUAGUUACUAUGGUGGAUGAAAAAGUAACAGAGUGUACAAUGAUCGCAUUUUCAAAUGACCUAUUUUUCAUCUGCAAGCAGCUAUUUCUGGCUUUUAGACCCAUGCCAACAUACGUUCAUAUGUUUUACUUUUGGUUUUCAAUCGUUUUCCUCAUAUUGCGUGCUGUGGCAGUUUCACUUUCGGCAGCCCAUAUCCAUGACGCAUCGAAGCAAGCGAUCAAUAUUCUGUAUGCUGUGCCUUCGCAUUUGUGGAACACUGAAACAAAACGCUUUGUCGAUGAAGUGAAUGGAAAAACUAUAGCCUUGUCGGGAAUGAAUUUCUUCUUUUUUACCAGAAAAUUGAUUUUGAGCGCAGCUGGAAUGAUUUUAACAUAUGAACUUGUCCUGUUGCAGCUUCAAUCAAACACAACUCCAGACCAACCAUGUGACACUGCUUUCAAUAGAACACUAUAA